CCUUCCCUGAUCCGUUUGCGCACAGGCUUUCGUAAUCCAAGUUCACACCCAAAUGCGGGACAGACUCUUUAUUACCUGCUCUGUUUGUUGAUGUUGUAACAACUUCAGAGGACUUGGGUCAGGGGGGUUACAACGGUCCAACGGGCAACAGACGGGGUUUUUUUUUUCUUCCCAAAACGAUGCGGGAAGACAACUCCUCCCCGAUGGACAGCGCUGGCAACAGCGAGGAGGAGACGGACCGGCAGCUGCCGCGCAGAGGCGCAAGGAAGAGGCGGAUGGCGCGGAGGAGCACGGACGAAGAAGAAGAAGAAGACGAGGGAGACGUGGAGAGUCCCGGCACUGGGAAGAAGAAAUACAGAAAGAGCUGCGAUGGAGGAGAAGUAGGAGGAGGGAGCGCCGGGAGCGCCGGGAGCGGCGGCAGCGAGGCCAGCAGCAGCCCGGCGCGCUCCUUCGACGACCUGCAGACGCAGCGCGUAAUGGCCAAUAUCCGCGAGCGGCAGCGCACGCAGUCUCUCAACGAGGCUUUCACGUCGUUACGUAAGAUUAUUCCCACCCUUCCGUCGGACAAACUGAGCAAGAUCCAGACUCUGAAGCUCGCCGCACGGUACAUCGACUUCCUAUGCCAGGUUCUGCAGAGCGACGAGCUGGACGCGCGGGGGACCAGCUGCAGCUACGUGGCCCACGAACGCCUGAGCUAUGCGUUCUCCGUAUGGAGGAUGGGGGGCGCCUGGUCUCUGUCUACGGCAUCAUCACACUAGCUGGGCCAGGGUUGUUGCUGAUGCGAGAUCACGGUACGUAAGAGACUGGAGAACCGGUGAAGGCCAAUCUUUCAAACAGGCCAAAGGCAGCAGAGGCCCAGGCUCAACAGUGCUUCGGGGCCUCAGAGGAAAGAAGCCUUUUCAUAUUUCCCUUUGCAUGGACCUUUAAGUUUGCAAUGGAGCACUUAGGACAGACAGUGCGGAAAUGAAGAAAGAGAGACCACUGCGACUAUGAAUGUUGUAAAAACAAAACAAGCUCUGACGAACUGCUCUGUUUUGAAACACAAGAGAAAAAUGACAAUCCACUCCACAUUCCCUGUGACAGUAUUUCACAGAAAAAGAAGUAUUUUGUAUUUAUUUUUCUACACAGGUAUGAAAUUCCUUUCUCCCCUUUCGUACAGAAGGUAUUUAUUUUUGGAAAUCACAGAAUGGAUCUAAACUUUGAACAUUUUGUGUGUUGUACAUAUUUGUUAAUAUGUUGAAUAAA